GCCUCUCUACAAACUCCCCGCAAUAGCAAAAGCCUCUUGUACUCUAAGAUCACAUCCCUAAAAAGGGACAGAAAAUCCGUCGAUUCGACAGAAAUUCAAUUCGUCAUGGUGAACGUCUUAGUUCUAGGAGGGCACGGUAAAAUCGCCCAAAUAAUCUCUAAAAUCCUGGCGCAGAAAGGGCACCAAAUCACCUCUGUCAUCCGUGACCCAUCCCAAUCCUCUAUGGUUGAAUCUCUCCAGAGAAACGUUGCCCCGCUAGUCUCCUCCCUGGAAGAAUCCACUCCAUCCAGCAUUCGAAAAGAGAUGGAGAACAUCAAUUGGGUCGUCUGGUCCGCCGGUGCUGGGGGUAAAGGUGGUCCUCAAAGGACCAAAGCCGUUGACGAGAUCGCCGCGAAGAAGUACAUCGAUGCAGCAGUGGAGACUCCGUCCGUCGAUACAUUUUUAAUGGUGUCAGCUUCGGUCGCGAGAAGGGUGUCGGCAAGUUGGUGGGAUGAGAGUGGUGUUGAAACUUAUAAGGGCGGCUGGGAUACUAUUGGGGCAUAUUGUGAGGCCAAGACUGCCGCUGAUGAGUAUCUAUACGAGGUUGGGAGGAAGUGGGGGAUUAGGGAUAUCUGCCUCAGGCCCGGGAGGUUAAGUGAUGACCCAGCGACCGGGUUGGUAUCCCUGGGGAGGUGUAAAGCUACUGGAGAAGUUGCGAGGGGGGAUGUGGCCGACGUAGCGGUUAGGCUCUUGGAGAGCGAUGUCGUUGGGGGAUUGUGGAUUGAUAUGAUUGGUGGGGAUAAGAAGGUUGAGGAGGAAGUAUCAAGAGUUGUUCGGGAUAAGGUCACUGCGAAGGAGUGAUAAAAUUGGGUAGCGCGCUUGAGCAAGCUUUACCCCUACUUCCCUCACGGACAUUUUCGACGUAGAUUACCGCCAUUAGGGGCUAUUUAAAGGCUUAGACUAA